AUGGCUGAAAAUUAUUUGGUCAUAUGGGUCGAUGGAAAUAUCGACAUGGCAAAUCAAGAUUGCCAAAAUACAAUGGAACAAUUACGUGCUGUCGUUAACCAAGUCCAGCCAUGUGAGACAGCGGAACAAUGUAUACAACAGCUCACAGAAAAUCAAGAGGAGAUCUCAUUUGUUAUCUCCUCAGGUGCAAUUGGACAACAUUUGGUACCAGAUAUUCAUGAUAUGGCAAAAUUAAAUGCCAUUUUUAUAUUUUGUGGCAAUAAACAACGCCAUCAAGUAUGGGCGCAAAAUUGGCCGAAAAUUAAAGGUGUUUACACCUCAAUCAAACAUAUUUGUGACAAAUUGGCAACAGCAAUCAAACAAUACAAUCAAGGUCACAUGUCGGAAAUACUCCUUGAAAUCGAACAUGAACCACAAGCCGUUCAAGAUUUGGUCACCUACUGCCAAGAACAAUAUCAAGGCAAUAAGAAUGAAAUCAAAAUUAUCAAUGAAUUUCAACGUAAUUAUAAAGCAUCCGACGCCAUUUGGUGGUAUACACGCCAAUGUUUUACCUACAAAAUGUUGAAUGGCGCAUUAAGAACACUCAAUGGUGAUAUAAUGAUCCGAAUGGGUUUCUUUUUAUGUGAUGUGCAUCGACAAAUUGAACAUUUACACAAACAACAGCAAAAAACUUUUGAAGAAGGUAAUCCAGCUUUUUCUUUUACCUACAGCUGGUUUGGAAGAGUUUAUCGCAGUAUGAAAGAUUAUUCCAAGUCACUUGAUUAUUUUCAAAAAUGCCUUGAAAUAGAUAAAAAAACACUACCUGAAAAUCAUCCAGAUUUUGGUAUUACAUACAGUAAUAUUGGUGAUGUUCAUCGUUUAAUGGGUGAUUAUGAGAAGGCAAUUACAUUUCAUCGAAAAGCAUUAAAUAUUCAAGAAAGUGUUCAAUGUAAUCCUACAGAUUGUGCAACGACAUAUAUAAAUUUAGGUGAAACAUAUCGGCAAAUGAAAGAUUAUACAACGGCAUUGACAUAUUAUCAAAAAGGAUUGGAAAUACGUGAAAAUAAACUACCAAAAAAUCAUCCUGAUUUAGCUGUAGUAUAUCACAAUUUGGCAAAAUUAUAUUUAUCUACUCGACAAUAUAAUAUGGCAAUGAAAAAUGUUCAACAAGCCGUAGAAAUUGCUCAAGAAAAAUUACCUUCAAAUCAUCCUCAUAUAUUGGAAUAUAAAGAAACAUUUGAAAAAAUUCGAAAGAAAAUGUAA